AGCCCAGAUCUGUUUCUCUGCUCUUUGCAGGAGUUGUGGUCAAUGGGCAGCUCAUUGGAGCCAAGAAGCCUGAGAAUAAGAAACUUAGUACCUACUUUGGCAAAAUUGGGUUUUAUUUCAAAAACAAAGGGUUAAAAGUGGAGAUCAGCACGGAAACAAUAACACUGAAAGAUGGAUCUUACAGCAUCACGCUGAGCUGGUCAGAUACAGGACACAUCAUUCGGAAACAGCUUCUCAUAUCUGUGAAGAAAGAAAGAAAUGUUACUAUCACUGUGGGUGAGGAAAUGUCCUUCAUGGUUUUGUUGCACCGUGUUUGGAAGAAGCAUCCUGUUCAUGUUGACUUCUUGGGAAUCUACAUUCCCCCUGAAAACCAUCUCUCCUCGGCAGCACAUGGGCUGAUUGGUCAGUUUGUGUCCGAACCUGACGUGUACAUCCACAACCAAAGACCUGGGCUAACUCCGGAGAAACCACAGGCCACCAUGGAAGUGAAAGGAAACAAGUUCACUGUUACCAGCGGACUGCAGAAGGACUACAGGACAGACCGCGUGUUUGGGACAGACGUGCAGUGCUGGUUUGUGCACAACAGCGGGAAAGGUUUCAUAGACGGCCACUACAAAGAUUACCUUGUCCCCCACCUGUACAGUUUUCUGAAGAAACCCUGAAGGCUCAAACAUUAAACAGUUUAUUAC